CAACUGUCAAACAUUGACGCAGCGAUGGCAGCAUGAAUUUUUAAAAAGGCACGAACAGUUCCGGACACAUGCAGAAACCACAGUUUUUAUUUCCUCUGUUGAGCAAAGCGACCACACUCAACCCAGUCAAUCAGUAAAAUGGAAGACGUCGAUUAUGUGGAAUACUCACAUUACACCUACUCAAGCAACAUGACAUCUGAAGGAAGAGCUUUAGAACACAAACUAAGUUGUCUGAAGGAAGCCAGUUGCGUGGUUCUGACUGCAAUCAAUGUGGUAAUUUUUCUGCUGGGUUUUCUUGGGAACAUGCUGGUCAUCUGGAUCUCUGGCUUUAAGAUGAGGAAGACUGUGAACACCACUUGGUACCUGAGCCUCGCCAUCUCUGACUUUUUAUUCUGUGUUUUUCUGCCAUUUAACAUCGUCAAUAUAGCAGUGAAAGAGUGGUUCUUUGGUUCCUUCAUGUGCAAGUUCACCUCUGCAGCGUUGUUCAUCAACAUGUUCAGCAGCAUCUUCCUCCACAUUGUCAUCAGCAUUGACCGCUGUGUGUCUGUCAUGUUUCCAGUUUGGGCCCUCAACUACCGCUCUGUUCAAAAGGCAUCAGCCAUGGUUGUUUUUGCUUGGCUUCUCGCCCUCGGAAUGUCCAUUCCCUCAUUGAUCUACCGUAAGGUCAAGAUGAUUGAUGGAAUUCAAUUCUGCUACAAUAACUACAUCCCAAAAUCUGCUAAAACAAUUACCACUGUGAUCCGUUUCAUUGCGGGUUUCGUGGUUCCGUUCACCAUCAUUAUCAUCUGUUACUCAAUCGUAAUCUUCAAACGUCAAAACAACAGGAUUGCAAAGUCCUCCAAACCCUUCAAAGUACUGACUGCUCUCACUGUUACAUUUUUCGUGUGCUGGCUGCCCUACCACGUGUUUGUCCUGAUGGAGCUGAACCACCACCAACACGACUACAAGUUGUUAGUCACUGCAAUUAGAGUGAGUGUCAGUUUAGCAUCAGCAAAGAGUUUCCUCAACCCACUGCUGUACAUCUUCAUGGGAAAAGACUUCCAGAAGAAGCUACAGAGCUCUUUGCUUUCAAAGAUGGAGAACGCAAUGGCUGAGGAAGGACGCACUACCAGUCACACUACCAGUCACACUACCAGUCACACUACCAGUCACACUACCAACUCCAUGGACGGCAGAACUUCCAUGCUGAGUUUGAGGCAUUGACGUUUAUAUGAAGCAAAAUAAAUAAGUAAAUAAAAUUUCUGGAAAUAUAUUUUGA